AUGUUGACCAUUACUCCUCCUGAAGCUCAUCAGUCUCUCACCUGUUCACCUCAGAGCCUAUUCACUUCCUUCCAUAACAUCGACGCCUCUUCCACCUUUCCUUCUUCCACCGACGACGUCACCAACAUGCCUCACCGUCUGCCCGACCCUGACUCCCUCGUUGCCGGCGUCCCUAGCACCAGCCCUACAUUUGCUCUGAAGAUGGGUUCCUCACAGCCCGCCAUGUCGGACGUCUCCCAGGCGCUCGAGAUUGCCCGCGAGAGCCCUGCUGGCGCUUCGGACCCUACCGUCGGCAAGAUUCUCGACCAAGCAAUCGCGCACAUCUGGAGCAAGAUCCAGGCCAAGCCUGACGACUAUGUCAUGACCCGCGAGGAGUUCUCCGUCUUCAACUACUUCCAGCACCGUUUCACCGGAAAUAAAGCUGCCGCCGCUGCUCGCGCCCGUUUCUGGGACAAGACCAACGCCUAA